UCUCAUUGAGAAAACACCCUGGACAAUCUCAGUGAGCACAGUAACUGGCUCAGAGUGUGCCUAUACACGAUACACCCGCUGUACCAAUAGGUCGGCCCACAGGGAAAACACAAUACAUAGUCUGUUCCUUCUCCUCUAUACCGGGUUCUUGAGAAAUUUCUCACUUGAGUGGAAGACACUUGACUGAUUGAUUCUCCGAGCGUGUUGUGCAGAUUUAACAGUGAAAGACUACAGGAUUGUGACAGUGGUUCUGAACUUGACAGGAGCUGUAGCAACAGUGAUCAACUGAUCGGAUCAGACAAUACUAGAGCUGACUGCUUGCAUACUGGGAGAUCCCGGCAGAGAAGAUAUCUUCCGGAGAAAGACGUACCAGGAGAUGUGGAUACUGAUAAAUAAUUAUCUCUGAUUGGACAACACGUUGGUGUCACGUUGAUAAAUACUAGGAAGCUUGUAUAAGGAGAGUCAGGUAUCCUGAUACUUAGUCGGGAUUAGAUUAACCGAUUGGGGAAAUACGACACGUUGCCUUUCCAAGACUUGUGGAUUAACUUUUGUAGACGUUACUCUGAGCAUUGACUUGAACUAUGAGGAGUGUCGUCGGCAGCGUAGAAGAGGGCGUCAGUGCCACCAUUUUCGACAACAACAACAUCAGCAGCAAGCCCAUGGCAAGUGUCGUCUGCAACGAGCACGUGCAGAACGUAAAGGAUGUGCAGGCAGCUGAUAGCGUGAGUCUGCCCACGAGGUAUAAGAAAAAGCUGCAGCAGAGAGGGAAAGAAACUGGCGAGGAUGAGGAGAAAGAUUUGGAAUCUCGAGAGAAAGACCUUGGGGUGGCUCUCAAGUGGAUCAGACAGGAAAUACUACAGAUGAAGGAGCAAGACAAAUCUCUCCUCAAACAGUUCAUCGAGCUCCGGGCGAACAUCCUCCAGCUGAGAUGCAUGUACGAGUACCACUCAUCCAACUCCGAUGUCAGCAGCCUCGAAGGCAGCACCGCAUCCCUCAACGACGCACACAAGCGCCGACACAAAUUGCCACGGAGCGACAGUGACUUCACCUCACGAACCAAGUCCCUCCUGUCUCUGCAAGGCUCUCCCAGGUGUACUCGCAUCAAGUGGAGGAGUGACGAGUACAUCUGAACACGACAGAUCGGGUACCUUAUGUUUCACUUUAGUUGAGCUGUGAUGGUUGAUGGGUGUAGACGCACCCCAGCAUGGACAUCACACUGUUUGUGGAUGCAGCUAUGGGACAGCAGCAUGUGCUGGACCAAUUGCAGCUUCCCAUUGAAUGACUCCUGGAUACAACCUUAUAGAUGAGAGAGUCGCCUGAUGCUGACGUCAAGGUGUUGCUGAUUUUCAGGAAUGUUGCUGAAGGUUCCUACAGGGACUUAUCCCAUUGGACUGUGCAUGUUAGCCCAAAGACAACCACCUAGUUCAGAUCUCAUUGGUCAUUUUUUUUCUAUGUCUUUUAUCAGUUUUAAUGAGUACGUAUUGCAGUGUUGAGAUGGAAACAUCAGUUUCUACCAAUAAACUGUAACACUGUUUACAGCUUAACAGCUGCCAAAGAUCUGAGGAUGCAUGCCGGUAAGAUGUUCCAGGUACGAGACAUUCAAAGACUCGCUAAAAUCUCUGAUGACGAUGUCAUCACUAACAAAACCCUAAGGGUAACCAACGAAUCAAGAAACGUCCGAGUCUGAACUGUGUCUGUAUUGCUGUCUGCAGACAUUCCAAGAUCAUUUAAGAUGCAGUAGUUCAACAUGCCCAACUGGGUUGGUCCAACAUGGUGGUGAACGAAACAUCUAGAUCUCCCCCAGGACUUCAUUGUGAAGAUGACGUUAUGAAUUCCGGGCGUGUGUGAGAGAACUUCAUAUUGACAGUGUUUGUUAUGUUGACGAUGGUGCUAUGUUAGUUUCAUGUUAGCAAAUACAAAGUUUAUUCAAUAAAUUAUUGCCCUUAUUUCA